UGUCCCGGAGGCUCCCGGCGGGGAGAAGCCGCAAAAUGUGCACCGUGCAGCUGCUGCGGGUGUUGGUCCACGAGCGGAUCAGCGCCGCCGCCGAAGACUUCCUGGUGCGGCUGGAGAAGGGAGAAGAAGCAGCCGAGCUCCCGGCGCUGAGAGCGCUGCUGACUGAGCGGUUGACGGCGGCCGCGGAGGAGAUCGUCGCUCUGCUGGAGAAGACCGUGGCGGAGUACCAGGACAGAAUGGAGCGCUCAGAGCGGGAGAUCUUCCGCCAGAGGAGGCUGCUCGAUGCCGUGCUCAAGCCCGAAGUCCGGCUGCACGCGGCAGUGUUUCCUUCAGAUGUUCAGCAGCUGUUGGGGAGCAAAGAUGAAGUUUCCCGUGAACACCAGAAGAGCUCCAGUCUGGACCCGGGGGAAGACCCAGUGCACCCACAGAUUAAAGAGGAAGAGGAAGAAGCCUGGGCCAGUCAGACAGAAGAACAGCUUCAGGACCUGCAGGUGGCUGAAAUCACCACGUUCACAUUCAGCCCUGUGCACGUGAAGAGUGAAGAUGAUGAGGAGAAGCCUGAGUCCUCACAACUUCAUCACUGCUGGACUGAGGAGAGCAGAGGCUCUGAGGGAGGACCAGAAGCAGACAGGAACUCAGAUCCAGAUCCACUGUUACAGCCUGUUAGUGAAGACAACUCUCUGGACUCGACUGAAACUGAUGACAGUGACUGUGACUGGACACAAACAAAGUCAGGUAGAGAUGUUAAAAAUCCUGACAGUGAUGUUGGCACUGCAGUCAAAGAGAGACCAUUUCCCUGCUCAUAUUGUGGGAAGAGAUUUAGCCUUAAGGGAAAUUUGAACAGACACAUAAGAGACCACACAGGAGAGAGACCAUUUCCCUGCACAGACUGUGAUAAGUCAUUUAAAGACAGUGGCUCCUUAACGGCACACAUGCGAUGUCACACUGGGGAGCAACCAUACAGCUGCUUGUUCUGUGGGAAAAAUUUCAGUGGGAGGGGAAACAUGACCAGACACAUGAGGAUCCACACAGGAGAGAAACCGUUCACCUGCUCAGUGUGCAAUAAAAGUUUUCAUGUUAAAGAACAUCUCAACAGACACAUGAAGUACCACACAGGGGAGAAACCUUUCAGCUGCUCCAUCUGUGGGAAAGGCUGCGCUCAGAAAACAGACCUAAAGAAGCACAUGAGAGUUCACACAGGAGAGAAACCCUUCAGCUGUCCUUUCUGUGGAAAGUGCUGCGCAGAAAAAGGAGACCUAACCAAACACAUGAGAGUCCACACAGGAGAAAAACCAUUCAGCUGUAAUAUCUGUGGGAAAAGCUGUGCCCAAAAGGGGAGCCUGAAGAUCCACAUGAGGGUUCACACAGGAGAAAAACCGUUCAGCUGCUCUGUUUGUGAGAAACGUUUCACUGUUACGGGACAUCUAAAGAGACACAUGAAGCUGCACACAGCAGAGAGUCAUCCGCCUGGGUCUGCAGAGUCACAUUCAGGCAAAGUAGAAAACGAUGAGUCAGCAAACACAUCGUGAUUCACAAUGGCCUUCUCUGACUGAUCAGCUGUUGCUGGAAAUGGAACUGAUAAAACAUACAAUCAUUUACAAUGAAGAGGAUACAAUGAGCGAGAAUGUUUCUUUGUUCUAGAACCAAAUCAAAACAGGCUUAAAAAAGGUGGUGAGUUUUGAUAGGAGCGUAACAGUUUGUAAGAGAUGCAUUCACAGCUCCUGGUCAAAAGACAAAGCUUGAUGUCCUAUUUAUUAAAAAGUGCAGGGGAAAAUAUGUUUCACAGGAAUCUGAAAGGUUUGAAAAAAAAAUACAUCCUCAUAUGCACUUUUUUCCAGAUGCAGUGUUCCCUUUAAUAAACCACCAGGAAGGGCAUUUAUGUGGAUCAGCCUUGUAUUCACUGGCAAACUCUCACAUUCAACUGUAAUUGUUCAAGAAAAAGGUCUGCAUGCACAAGUGUUAUUGCAGUAUUUGUACGUUUGCAACAAUCAGAUUUAUUAUUGUAGGGUCAAAGCGCUUUUGGUUGACUGUUGUUGUGAACUUGCGAUUAUUUAAUUAAAAUUAAACUCAACAAAUCUGCAGCUUUCCAAAUGAAUGUUGCGAUAUUGUUUGAAAUUGAGGCUUUGAUUAAUCUGGUUUAAUUUUUCUUUUUUUAAUAUCGUGAACAUGGGCCUUUAUGAUCAGAACAAGGAUGUAAUAAAUUGUAGGCAUCCAGAUGUGGAGAAGGCAAAGUCAGGUUUUGUAGAAAGGUCACAUCACAAUUACAUCAAGAUUUUAGAAAUGGGAGUGAGAAGUGCCAUAAAUGUUGUUUAUAAAUGAGAACCUAGUUGUUUGGUUUGUGUUGGAUAGGCACAACAUCUGACUCAAAUGAAGGGGCACUGAAGUCCAUCCAUCCAUCCAUCCUCAUCCGCUUUAUCCGAAGUCGGGUCGCGGGGGCAGCAGCCUAAGCAGAGAAGCCCAGACCUCCCUCUCCCCAGCCAC